GGGCUUGAUACGGAUGAAAGUCUUAAACCUCCCAGAUACUCGAUCCGUUUCUUGUUGUCCAACUCAGGACACCCAACCUCGCUUCGUCUGGGUCUUCCAGCUGCGCCGCUCAAUUUCGCCAUUGAAGCUCGUCGCAGGGAGUUCAUACUUGGGGCGAUUUGGAUGAAGGCUUCGGGUUUCAGCUGAUCCGUGAGAAUCUGCAUUGUUGAAUUGUGGAUGAAGAAAAAGAUGAAUGUUUAGCCCAGCCCAGACGCACCCAUUUUAAUUCUUCAAUAAAUAUCAGUGAGCAAAGCACCACAGUAAGGCUUUUCCCCAUUCUUUCUCUCUCUGUCUAAUCAAAAAGGGGUUCUCAAACGCGCCGAGCCUUCCUCACCGCCUCCGACUCUCCGAUCCCUCUUCGACUUGGUUUAUGAGGCCAUCGGAGACUGCAGAUCACUACACAAACAGCAACAGGUAGCAGUUUGAAUCCCUCAAACUUUCCAUUUUUAUUUUUUCUGCAACAAUUACUUAAUCCAUGGACGACAUAUUCGGAGAGUCUCUGAACUUCGAAGAGAUCCACAUCAAGCAAGGCUUCGACGAAGGCCACAAAGACGGCCUGAUAGCCGGAAAAGAGGAGGCCAGGCAAGUGGGCCUCAAGGUGGGCUUCGAGGUCGGCAAGGAGCUCGGGUUCUACAAGGGCUGCGUGGAGGUAUGGAACUCUGCGGUCCGGGUCGACCCAACCCGGUUCUCGACCCGGGUCCAGAAGGGCGUGAAGCAGAUGGAGGAGUUGGUGGAGAGGUACCCAGUUAUGGAACCCGAGAAUGAGAGCGUGCAGGAGAUAAUGGAGGAUUUGAGGUUGAAAUUUAAGGCAGUUUGUGCUUCUUUGGGUGUGAAAUUGGAGUACAAAGGGUACCCGAGAGCUUCUUCUUCUGGGGCUAAAGACGUUGCUUUUUGAGUUGAAUAUAUGUUGUUGUUGUAAAAGCUUAGAGGGUUAGUUUGAAAUUGAGGUUUUGGUAGCUAAAGUUGAAAGCUUUAGUUAUGGGAUGUGAGUUAGCUUUUGGGUUGUGGGUGUUCAUUACUGGUUUAACUCACUCAUUUUCUCCAGUUCUACAUUUUUGUUUGCUCAAUAGUUUCAAAUUUCGGUCUAAAGUAAAGUGACCAGUAAUGUACA